GUUGCCGCCUGGCCGAGCCCCGCCGUCCCUUCACCUCGCCUCAACCUCCCGUGGCUGUCCCGCCUCUCGCCAUCAAGGGGACGGACGGAGGGAACCCGGAGAGAGACUGAGGGAGCCGGGAGGGAAGCAGGGAAAGGAGGGGUAAAGGCGGUGACAGGAGCCGCAGCGCCCCGCUGACCCCGCGGCCGCCCCUGAAGUGAGGGGAAGGCAGGAGCGGGGAGCGCCAGCGGUAGCGGCGGCCAACGGGCGGCGGCGGCAGAGGAGGGCGUUGCUGCUGCAGGGCCGCCCCCGCCCGCCUGAGCAGCGAGGCGGGGAGAAGAGGAGGAGGAGGAAGGAAGGAAGAAGCCGCUGCUGGAGAAGGUGGUGGCGGCGGCGGUGGUAGUGCUGCAGCCCCGGGCAGAGCCUCCCCCUCCCGCCGGGCCGGGCGGGGCGGGCUCCGGAGCAGAAAUGUCUCAGGAGCGGCCCAAGUUCUACCGACAAGAGCUGAACAAGACUGUGUGGGAGGUGCCCGAGCGUUACCAGAACCUCUCCCCGGUCGGCUCCGGGGCCUACGGCUCCGUCUGCUCUGCCUUUGACACAAAAACUGAGCUGCGUGUGGCUGUCAAGAAGCUGUCCCGACCAUUUCAGUCCAUCAUCCAUGCCAAGAGGACCUACCGAGAGCUGCGGCUGCUGAAGCACAUGAAACAUGAAAAUGUGAUUGGCUUGCUGGAUGUGUUCACCCCUGCCAAGUCACUAGAAGAAUUCAAUGAUGUGUACCUGGUGACACACCUUAUGGGAGCAGAUCUGAACAACAUUGUGAAAUGCCAGAAACUCACUGAUGACCAUGUGCAGUUCCUCAUCUACCAGAUCCUUCGGGGGCUGAAGUACAUCCAUUCAGCUGACAUAAUACACAGGGAUUUAAAGCCCAGUAACCUAGCUGUAAAUGAAGACUGCGAGCUGAAGAUCCUGGACUUCGGCUUGGCGCGGCACACGGACGACGAGAUGACCGGGUACGUGGCUACCCGCUGGUACAGGGCUCCCGAGAUCAUGCUCAACUGGAUGCACUACAACCAGACAGUUGAUAUUUGGUCGGUGGGCUGCAUUAUGGCUGAACUGUUGACUGGAAGAACAUUGUUCCCUGGGACAGACCAUAUUGAUCAGUUGAAGCUCAUUUUGAGACUCGUUGGAACCCCAGGGCCUGAGCUUUUGAAGAAAAUCUCCUCAGAGUCUGCAAGAAACUACAUCCAGUCUCUGUCUUACAUGCCGAAAAUGAACUUUGAAAAUGUGUUCAUUGGUGCCAAUCCCCUAGCUGUGGACUUGCUAGAGAAGAUGUUGGUACUGGACACAGACAAGCGAAUCACUGCAGCAGAAGCGCUGGCUCACGCCUACUUUGCUCAGUAUCAUGACCCAGAUGAUGAACCAGUGGCAGACCCCUAUGACCAGUCCUUUGAAAGCAGGGAACUUGAGAUUGAAGAAUGGAAAAGCCUGACUUACGAUGAAGUGAUCAGCUUCGUGCCACCACCGCUUGACCAAGAGGAGAUGGAGUCCUGAGGAGCUGCUCUCUUCUGUUUGUCCCACGUCACUGUGAGGGGAAGGCCUUUUCCGAGGGACUCUCCGAUUAUCGUUCAAGUGCCUCGUCACAAUAUUCUCCUUGGUGGAGGGGUUUUGUGUGUGUUGAAUUGGGGAGGGAGGGGGGAGGGAAGAAAAGCCGACUCUGUGUAAACAUGCUGCAUGCUCUCGUGUUCUGUGUACAGCCUGGGGCAAGCCCCCGGAGACCUGCUCUGGCCUCUCCUCCGUCCUCCCAGUGCUCAGAGCUUGCAGUGCUGGGGCAAGGCAGGGAAGCUGAUGCUGAAAGUUUGGUUACAAUCGUUGCCAUUUUAUCAAUUCUACAAUUAAGUAACCUCCAAGUAAUGGAAGUUGUUUGCUAGGCAUAGAGAGUCCUCUGUUAUCUUCAGGACUGAAGGUGGGGAUGAGGGAUGUCUUUGUUCAGUGCCAGGGGAUUGAUCUAUGCCCAGAUCUUCCUGGUGCAGCAGGGUACAGGCCUUCUAAUGUCUGAUUCCUGGAACAUGGAAAGGUUUGGUUUGAAACUGUAAAUAUGUUUGUGCCUUAAUGAAUGGGGAGAGAGGGGAUGGAAGACUGGAGUGGAAAUCUCUGACCCACUGCUUUUUAGGGUGAAGGCUCCCAGAUAGCCAGGCAUGAACUCCAUGUAAUCAGGAAAUAACUUCCAGAGGCAACAGCUUCUAUCCCUGGAUUGGGUAUUCCUGUAUUUUUGCCUCUUCCUUUCUGCUUGUUCUGAGGCUUCCCAGCAUUAGCUCCCAGGAGACAGAGGCUGGAGUUGAUUCUCGCCGUUGUUCCCUAGAGGUGGGGUGUGUUUGCAUGUCGUAGCUGUACCUGCAUGUGGAGCUGCUCGACCUUCGUCCUUCCUGUUUUGGGGAUGGCGCUGGGGCAGUUUAACCAUCAGUGAAGUGUUCCACUGAGUACCUCAGCCAGUGCCAUGAAAUCACAGCAUCCUUCCUCUCGUGCUGCAGCUCAUUGUCAACUCCCGGCCACUCUGGAGGCUUUGGCAAGGACAGGACAAACCGACAGGGUACAGAAACAUGCACCUUGUGUUCUGACUUCCUGGUUUCCCAGGAGGAGUGCUUGGGAUGAGGGGGUUCUUGUGAGAUCAGAUGUAAAGGAUGAUCUUCAAAGACAAAACCAGGGCAGCUUGGGCCAGAACUUAAGUUAUUUCCUGAAAUGAAUUUUUAUAGAAGCCUUGGAAUCCAAAGCAAAAAAAAUCAGCAUGCAUAAACCCACAAUCUCCCUUUCACUGUCUAUAGCUAUAAAUAGAAAUAUUUAUAUAUAUAUAUAUAAAAAACAUUUACUAGAGGUUGGGUUGGUUUUUGGUUUUUUCC